GGUGCUGCUUCGAAGUUCCCACCCGCUCGUUUUGAACGCUCUCCAUGUGUAGCCAUGCAGCAAAGCACAAAGCCUGCGAAGUCUGCUGGAAUGCUAAGGGUCUAUUUUGCAGAUAAUACGUACAAAACGCUGCAGCUUACGGAAGACUCUUCAGUGCAGGAGGUCAUCCAGAGCCUUUGCCACAAGCUGAAAGGGGAUCCCAGCAGGUAUGAACUGCUGAUCAUUGCACCGAUGGGCCCUUUACGAGAGAGAAAGCUCUUGUCAGAAGAUCGACCUCUGCGGAUACAGGAGAAAGCUGGGCGCACGGCCUACAAGUUCCUGCUCCGAGAAGUUCGUCGAUCCAGCACCUUCGAAGGCGAUGAAGGUGAUGUGGACUGGCCAUUGCCUUCAGUAUCAGAGGAUGGCAUCUUGCAGAGGGGUGAGUUGGAAUGCCUCACAGAGAGUGGUUGGCGAAGAUGUAGUGUUGUUUUGGACAGAGAGAGCUUUUGGCACUCAAAUCCUGAGGCUCCGCAACUGGGCUCUGGCAUGAUCAAGCUGCCAUUGCAGCGGUUCGACCGGGUGGAAGCACUAGAGGAGGAGGGCAGUUGCAGCCUGCGAAUUCGGAGCAGCGGCGGAGAGAGCACCUGGCGCCUGGAUGCGUAUGAGUGCACAAUUCGUACAUGCGAUGGACCACCUGGGGUAUCAUCUCAGGAAGACAUCUGGUGUAAUUGUAUAAUGAAACAGCCUCCAGCUACUUGGGUUGUGGAGUUCGGCAAGAAAGCGUUUAAAAUGAGACUCACAACAUCUCACAACUUGAAUUGAUGCUGUUUGUUUGUCGCCAUGUCACACGCCUUGUGGACAAUUGCAAUUGUUUUGCCAGGUCAUGGUAAUCAAGAUGUAGUCCCAGCCCUGCCCAAACUGCGUGCAGAAUCCUGACAUGACUGUGUGACCAAGGCGAGCAAGGAGCCCACGACUCGAUACGCAAGCUGAAUGGGCAAGCUGAAGCAAUUCUGAUCUGAAACCCUCCCCACAAGAAUACCACUAUUGAAGAAUAUUGAAGGUGUCUGUAAAUGGGAAGCAAUCGGUCUUCCAUGCAUUGUUUUGUUUCUUGCAGUUGUUCGAGUUUGCUCCAAUUCCAAUUCACCACAUCGUAUCGGGUUUCAGUGAGUGAAGUUUUGAUUGCGCUGAUUGCCGGCCGGUCCUUUUGGCCAACAUGCAUGCACACCACUACCAUACACUUACCCUUCCACUUUUUCAUGCACAACAUGUGUGGCAUGCUGCUGCAAAGCGCCAGGAACAGCAAGCACCGCAACAGCAGCUUCGUUGCAAAGGAUGAAUGCUAGUCUAAGAACAGUUCCCUGUAAGUGAUCAAUGCUAUAUUAUAGAUAGAUUAAACAAAGAAACAACUUGAUAGUUGACAGAAGCUCUUUAAACAAAUAUCUUCACCACUGAAGCCAAACGCACCGAGUCUUCGAUCACGGCCAGUUUCAUACCAAGUCUUCGGUGUCUGCAGAACAGUGUCAUACCGUACUCUCGGUCCACAGGUUGGUUGAAAGCCUUGACCGCACGACUGCAGGAACUUGCUGAAGCUGAGCUCUUGGCCAAGGCUCACAAUGUCAUUGGAGACAUCGAGGCCAGGCGUUGCGAUGAGAACCUCGCACGGCUGGAGUCGUUCGACACUGUGCAAGGCCUUUUGGCGGAUCCAGAAGCACGGGAGCUGUUCCUAUGGUUUUUGUCCCAAAUGGCCGAAUCAGAGGAUGUCGAGUCUGAUGCUGCCUUUGCAGAGUCGCAGUUGCCAAGGUUUCAGGAACACCCUGGUAUCCAGAACCGCCUUUGUCAAAUAGCUGCUGGUUUGACGAGUGACAAAAGGAAUGGCGCG